CCUUGACUAAAAGUAAGCAUCUUGCAUCGACUACUCGCGCUCAAACCUGAGUAGCCAGCACAACAUGUCCACCAAUACAGAGCCCGUCUGGGACUCGUCCGUCAUCAGACUAGAACACAUGCCUCCACAGGCAAAGAUCUGGCAGUCCUCGGACGAUUGGACGGGGGUGAUUGAUCGGAAACAGCGCCGGAAGUUGCAGAAUCGGCAGAAUCAGAGAGCAUACCGGCGAAGAAGAAAACACGACGAGCCAGACCUACCUAGCCAGAUCCCCUCAUCGGCGGUAAUGCUCGUCCAGUCAUUUGAUCUUCCUACCCCCCAACCAUCACCACAAUCUAUACAAGAUCCCCACCCAGACGCAGAAUACAACAACGACCAGAUCCAAUGCCACCACGCCCCGCGCCACGCCCUGUCCAUGCGCCGGACCUUCAACGCCAUCCUCCAGCAAGCCUACAUGGACCGCUCGCCCCGCCUCGAGCACCUAAUCGGCCUCAGCCGCCUCAACGUCCACCGCGCCAUCAACGAGAACAUCACCGCCCUCGGCAUGACCCCUUCCUGGAUGAUCUCCGACGCCGCCAUCUCCAUCUUCAACGUCCUCCAACCUGGCCCCUGGGGCCAUGACCACGAACACACCAUCCCCGAUAGUCUCCGCCCGACAGAGGUCCAGCGCACGGUGCCGCAUCACCCGUGGUUAGAUUUCUUCCCGUUCCCGAACAUGCGCGAUCGUUUGAUUCUGGCGCAGGAUGUGAUCGACGAGGAUGACCUUUGUCAUGAUCUGAUGGCGUUCUGGGAUACGAGGAACACGCAGGCGACGCUGCUGGUGUGGGGCCAGCCGUGGGAGCCGCGGAAUUGGGAGGUCACGGAGGGGUUUGCGAGGAAGUGGGGGUGGCUGUUGCUGGGGUCGCCGGAGGCGUUGGUCGCUAGUGAUAGUUGGCGCAGGAGAAGGGGGGAGAGGGGGUUGGCGUGGAGGGAGAUCUUAGGUGUGUCUACAACUACAUCUACAUCUACAUCUACAUAG